AGUUGUGCAGCAGGCGUUGACACCAUGCUGCUUAUAUUGCUCUUCAUGGGUUUCGUGCCUACUUUGUAUGCGGCACAAGUUGUCAAGGUCCCUGAAAAAAUACCGAAAUACAUCCCUAUUCGCGCAACAAGAAACUUAAAAAAUACAUUGUACACGGAAAGUCAUACUUUGAAAUGUUAUGAAAUUGACAAUGACAAGGAAUUGAAACUACGCUUGGAGAUAAGAAGGGCUGAUGGCAAAGCUGUAGUCAUUAUAACCAACUCAAAGAAAGAAAAUAUUGCAUUUCUAUUUUCGGAUGGUUGUGAUGAAACCAUUGGAAAUGGGAUCAGGGUUGAAGGAGAUAAAUUGAAUGUAUUGAUAAAAGACGGCAGAUGGUAUCGCAUAACAGAUGGAGAGAGUGAAGGAAUUAUUGGACAACAACUUCUAAAAGAAACGUCUUGGGCACUUCAAAAACCAGGAGGUUCACGAUGAGAAACAAUGAAGAGGGAAAGUUGUUAGGGCUUAAACAUCUCACAAUCUCCAACACUCC